UACCGGGACAUGGUAAUAAGAAAGAAGUUGAUGUAUAAUUGUUCAGAGUCUGUAUGUUGGAUACUGUAUAAAUGGUCGGUUUAGAACAUAAAUAUUAUUAAUAAUCGGAGUUCUAAAAUGUCAGAAAAAUGAAUUCAUUUAUGUAAUUUUGCACAUUCAAGUUUUUAUAAUUUGUUGAUGAACAUAACCUACAGUUUCCGAUGUCAUGUCUCAAGAGACCUUUGGAUGGCCAGGAUCCUGAUUAUGAAGACACCAUCCCUCAUGAGGCAAAGCGCUUACGAUUACUGGAAGAAAAUGCAAAGGCAGAGUUUUCACAGCGAAUCUCAUCCAUCAUUCAGAAGGAGUUCAGUUCUGAAAUUGCCAGUAGGGAGAAGGAUAUCCACGAGAUUCAGGAACGCUUGCAUCAGGCACAAAAACUAUUACAUAUGCUGCGCUAUGUCAUUGUCACUACAUUCUACAACAAGAAACAGAUUCAGAGUGGUCCAGGGGAACAACAAAAGCGCAUUCACCCUGCCGUGAAGAAGUUGAUUGGCAAGGAGCCUCGAAACUGGGAGCCACUUCACCGGCGCCCGUCCAAAUACCGGCUUGUCCCAACCAAAAAUGAGAAGGAGCCACCUGUCAGCAAGGAAACAAAUAUAACCAGCGAGAAUGAGAAGAAGGAAGCGGUGUGUAAGGUACCACGGUACAUCCCACCGAAGACUUGUCCAAAUGCUAACAACAUCAUUCCAAGUAGCCCACGCCGAGGCAUGCACCACAAAGUGAAGAAGAGAAUUGUGAUUGGGAACAUCUCCAAGUGGGUCCCCGUGGACACACGAGAGGAUGCAGCAAGCCACAAGUGGAUGAUGUAUGUGCGUGGCCCUAAGGAAGCUCCAGACGUGUCUGAUUUUAUAUCCAAAGUUCGGUUCUUCCUGCACCCAAGUUACCGGCCGCACGACAUUGCAGAAGUGACAUCUCCACCUUUCCAUCUGUCACGGCGGGGUUGGGGCGAAUUUCCGUUGCGUGUACAGAUUCACUUCUGCCACUCUCGCAACAAGCCAGUUGACGUGAUACAUCAUCUGAAGCUUGAUCGCACAUACACAGGACUGCAGACUCUUGGAGCUGAGACAGUUGUAGAUAUCUGGCUGCAUACUGGAAAUGACUCAGAUGUGGUCAGUAGUGAUAAGAAAGUUGCCAGCACUGAGGAGAGUACAUCUGUUGGCAGAAGUGAUGUCGUGGAACAGGUGGAUUCAGGAGUGAAAGUGGGGGAUAGUUUUAACAGCGGUGCUUCUCAGGAGGUUUGUGACUCGGCUACCAAGGAACAUUCACGUGGUCUGAUUGAGCCAAAAUUGGAGGUGGUAGACAGUUUUGAUUGCAGCGCAACUCGCGAUAACGCCUCAGAACUCGAUACUAACGUUCAGGGUGAACGUAGUUCUCGUGAUAUGACUUCAUCAUUAGACCACGACUACUUUGGGGGCAUGAAUGUGGACAUUAAAUCGGAGCGUGCUGAUAGCCGUGAAUCAGUGCAAUCACUGCCAUGUUUUUCACGAGAAAACUCUUUAGAGGAUUACGCAGAUGUGGGUAACAUGAAGUCUGGUGUUGAGCCGGACUGCAACAUGCAGAAUCACGUGAUAGAGGAUGUACCAGCAGUACGAGAAAAGAAGAACAAUUCCAUUUCAGUUUUAAAAACAGAAUCAGUGACUGGAAGCAGCUCUGUUAUAGAACAAAAUGUGUCAGUCGCAAAAAAUGACUCGGUAUUAACCACGCUUGUGAAAUGCAUGGACAAGAAUGGCCACAUAUUUUACCUAACACUUGGCAAGUCAGGCCCAAAACCACAGGUGAAUCUUGCAUCAGUUGUGCCAAGAUUAGAUCACUCUCUCAAGCCAGCCAAUUUUACCUCCUUGUUAAUGAAACAGCAGUCGCCAAACACUGCAGUCUGCAGCAAACUCUCACCCACCGCAGAUGUAGUCUCCAAAUCUAAACUAAAUUCCUCCACUGUUCAUGUUCAGUUCAAUAAUCAUGAUUGUAACGCGAAGGGUAGUGCGCCCUCUAAGGACAAUUCUGGCAUAAUACCAUUACAGAGUAAUUCCUCUUUGUUUGUACCCCCUCGGGGUAUUUCAGGUGGUACGAUGAUGACCAGUGGUGGCGUACAUAAUAUGUUGCCUGAAGAGGCAAAUUCCACUACUUCAGUAACAUUACAAGGAACAUCUAAAAUGAUCCCCGUCCAAAGCACAAACUCGAAUCCUGGUAUGAAAGUAACCCCAUCGACGACAUUAGCAAGUAAUUUGUCCGAAGUGUUGAAGCAGUUACAGGGCAGUUCUGGGAAGUCACUAUCUUUUCUGAAGCAAAAUUCAAAUUUGCCAGCUACAGAAAAGUUGGAAGAUGGAAACAGAGAUGGGGAUUUGAAGGGUGUGAACCUUGGGUCUGCUCAGAAGACCACUCCAGUUCCUGCCCAGUCAUUAUUGAUUGUAAGAAAUGGGCAUUUAUAUUUGGUGAAACAUAUACACAAUUCUACUGCCUCCUCGACACUCACUACCAGCGCUAAUAAAUACAGGGUCAUUCUAAAGCAACCGGGUGUUAUUUCAGACACAGUUCAAAUCAGCAAGUCUCUAAUGACAAGUUCUGUGAAUUCAACUAAGGGAGGCAUCAGUUUGUUAAAGAAUCAUGCAAAGAAAUCGGUGCCAACGAAAUUGUUGCAGCCUAAUGCAGUGAAGAUGGCAGACGUUGACAGCUCUGAAAAUACUCAGUUGGUGUUUUCAGGCCGAACUCUGGUGCUGAAUAAAGCAAAUAGCCGACACAUCACCCACUCAAGCAAGAUGCACUAUGCAGAUGCUCUCAAUGUUGCUGUUGAGUCUUGUAAGUUUGAUGACGUUGCCCUUGCUGUUCGCUGGUUGUUGAGGCACAUACCUCUGAUUUCACCUGCUGCAAAGGAUCCAGCUUUCAGAGUACUUCAUCCCUAUGCUGCCCCCAGUGAGGCAACCUUUUUGCAAUGGAAUGUCGGAAAGCGGAGAGCAGCAGAGUGGAUUCAAGCAAAGGCAGUGCAGAAAGUAUUACAAAAAAGGUUUCCAGAAGAGUGCGUGUGGUGUACACAUGCCAUUGUGGUGUGGGCAAAGCUUCAUGGGUAUACACCAGUUUUGCACCCUGCAGAUGCAGUCACAGAACCUGCAUCAAGUGAUCUGACAGUACGAAGGACAUACUCGGAGCCUGUUGGAACCAUGGAUUGGCUGGUAACCAAUCACAAGUCAGAACAAUGCUCUGGUGUCGAGUCAGAUACCGAGGUUGAUGUGGUGGGUGUAGAUUCGCCACAGACAAAGGCACCCUUAAAACAGGGACCAUCACAGUUUGAUGAGGUUGACAGCACUAUGGAUGUCCUGGAAAUAGAUCCUGAUCUGCAGGCUCAGUUCUUGUUUGUGCGUGAAACUGCAAGGGAAGUUGGCUUCAAGUUUCCACCACAGGAGAUAGUGCCUGGCGUGCUGUUCUGUGCUGCCGAAAGAGUGCUUUUAGAGGCAGUGCGGUCCCUAGCAGAUGACCUGUUGCGGCGGGCACUCCGCAUGGCAUGGAACAGAAAUUCAAACAGGCACCCUGACGGCAUCACAAUAAAUGACGUGCGGACAGCGAUACUCGCCCGCCCAGAAUUUGACGUCUUCUCAAACAAGGGUCUGGGUGUUCAGUUGACAGAUACUGGUUGAUAGGAGGCAGCGGUAGUUGUAACAAAUUGAAGGCAUGAAUAAGAGGAAUGUGCGGAUUUGAUGAGAUUUAAACAGACGGCAGACUGGCUAAGCUGAUUAUUUUCUGUAUUUUGUCAGAAGAUGUACACACACGCAUCCUAAUCCCAUCCCACUGGUAUGUUAUACUGCUCAACCUG